AUGCUCGACGACCCGCUCUCCAAAACGAGGGACAGUGCGCUAGCGACAAACUCGCCGCGCCAUCUCCCCUCCUCACUUCCACGGAAUCCUGACCUUUUGUUUCUCUCCAUGACGACCAUCACGGACCAAUCGUCUCUUCCCGCUGCUCUCUCUCCUUCCUCUUCCUCUCCUUCCUCUUCCUCUCCUUUCUCUUCUGUAUGUUUUUCUUCCGUGUCUCCGUCUUCUUCCCUUCCCUCUUCUUCUGUAUCCUCUGCUUCGCUUUCUUCCCUCGCCUCAGGCGGCAAGCUGCCUGGCUCGGAGACCUCUGAAGAGUCGCUGCCGCACCAGCAGGGCGCGGAGCCGCGAGUCUCGCUCGAGGCAACGAUGUGCUCGCCGUCUCCUGAGAAGACUGGCCCCCCCUGUUCCCCCUGUCCAGAAUCUUGCGGCAAACAACAAGGCAACAACACCGACCCCUGCACUGUGUCGUCUCCUUGCGAGAGCAGGGGAUCGCGGAGGACAAUGGAGACGGCGAGGGUAGGUGCGUCUUCAGGAAAAGCUGAGGACGAACAUGCUCGAGCAGAGGGCAGAGAACCGGCGCAAGGAACGCACGAGGCACGAGACGAAGAGAAGAGCCGAGACCGGAGACCCGCCUCCGGACCAGGAGGUUCGGAACUCGACAAGAUGGAGAAGGAGGACGGCAAAACGUUUCCGUCCAAACUUGACUUCUUCGAUGCUAACUCUGACCUCGCACGCUCAGACUUCCGAGGAGUCGCUGUGCUUCUGUUCAUUGCGGCAAUCUUCUACCUCGUCGCGAAUCCCAUUCUGCGGUGGUACGACAGCAAGGAGUUCGUCGACCCCUCGCUGGCCCGAGCAAUGUUCGACGACUUUUUCUUCUUGAUGUUCAUGUGGGCCAAACUCUUCGCCUGGUCGUUUACAGCCUACCAUCUGCACCUGCUGUAUCUACGCGGGAGAAUUAGUCGACGCGCCCUGCUGUUUCUUCAGCACCUGACGCAGUCCGCAGCGAUUGGAUACGCCGUUUGCAGCUGUCUCUACAACGCAUGGCCCAUCAUCCCUGCGGCUUUUGUGCAGAUGAUUGCCGUCGUCCAGUUCAUGAAGAUGCAUUCGUACAGCUCGACAAACAUGAAUUUCUGCGACGACAUGCGGCAAGGGAAGCAGACCCUGGGAUAUCCUGAAAAUGUGACUCUGAGGAACUUCUGCGAUUAUCUGUUCUGCCCGGUCCUCGUCUACGAGCCGAUGUAUCGCCGCGGCGGAGGCUUUCGUCCAACCUACUUCGUUUUCAAAUUGUUUUCCAUGGUCGGAGCUAUGGUGGUAAUGUAUCUCGCUUGCACUUCGUAUUUGAUUCCGACCAUGAUGCGCUCGCCGUCCAUGUCGAUAACGGAGGCGAUUUUCAGUCUCGUCUUCCCCUUCCUCUUUCUCGACAUCCUCAUUUUCUACAUUCUCUUCGAGUGUAUAUGCAACUUGGCAGCGGAGAUCACAAACUUUGCCAAUCGGAACUUUUACGACGACUGGUGGAACAGCACCAACUGGGAUGAGUAUUCGCGCAAGUGGAAUAAGCCUGUGCACCGUUUUCUCCUUCGCCAUGUUUACAUGGAGACGCAGCAAAGAUACAAGUGGAGUCACCAGACCGCGGCCUUCGCGACCUUUCUAUUUUCCGCUCUUCUCCACGAGAUGAUUUUGGCAGUCUGCUUCCGCUUCGUGAGGCUGUAUCUCUUUGGUUUGAUGCUUCUGCAACUUCCUUUGAUUGCUCUUGGGAGAUUUUAUCGACACAAGAAAAUGGUGGCGAAUGCGAUUUUCUGGGCAUGUUUGAUGCUCGGACCGCCUCUCCUCGGCCUCGCCUACGGACGCGAGUGGGCGCAAAUUCAUUUCUACAAUGCGCAUGCAGACCAUCAGCCUCUGAGGCUCUUCUGAAAGUCCCUGUCUCCGCGUCGAAACAAUGCGAUGCUCUCGUCCCGCAGAACGCCGUUCAAUCGCGCAAUGGAGCAGAGACUCCCCCGCUCUUGUCUUCGUGCAAGUUUUUCUAGAUCCAUAUUAUACAUGUUGAUCAUAGACGUACCUAUAAUAUAUAUAUAUAUAUACUCUGUCUAAACAUAUAUAUUUGUAUGUACGUAUAUACCCUCUAUAAAUAUCUCUUUUUGUAUACAUAUAUACAUAUAUAUAUAUAUAUAUAUAUAUAUGUGUAAAUAUGUGUAAUUAUGUGUAAUUAUGUGUAUGUGUGUGUAUGUACGUUUGUUUAUGAAACAUGUUGAACGGCACGUAUGACGGAGUGCAGAAAGGGAAAAGUAUCACCUCGUCAUCUUGGCGAGAGGGAGUUUGGCUUGCAUUUUAUGUCGUUUCAAUUUCCAGAACGUCGAUUUUGACUGCCGUAAGAGUAAAGACUUGCGCGAGUUUUGUGUGCUUUCGAGAAUGA